AGAAAAAUGGAUGCUAGGACGAAUUAUUUCGAUGAGGUGGUUAGGCAGUCAGAGCUUGCUCUAAAGAAACAUCAGAAGAGUAAGGAAGAGCUGGCGAAGUGUAUCGCAAUUAUUAAAGACUGGUUAACAUCACAGCCACAUAUACCAGAAAUUCCAGAUGAAAUUCUCAUCGGAAAUUUCCUUUUCAUGAAUAAGUUCAGCAUCGAAAGUACCAAACAACGAUUAGAUAUGUAUUAUACCAAGCAGUCGCUAAUACCAGAAUUAUUCGAGAAGAACCACCCACACCAACCGAAGAUGAAAUUAUUCAUCGAUGAUGCAUAUCUCCUUCCAAUUCCGAAGUCUACUGAUGAUGGAUAUCGUAUUACUGUAUUCAAGCUAAAAAAUACAGAUCCUGCCCAUUAUAACGUACCUGAAUUUCUCGGCAGCUUCUUCAAUUCAUUAGAAGUACGACUCCAUGAAGAUUACUUUGUUGGCGAAAUACUGAUUUACGAUUUUAAGGAUAUGUCACUAGGACAUAUGGUCAAAAUUACACCCAUGUGGAUGAAGAGGGGAACCACAGUCUUAGAGAAAGUAUUCAAUAACUCGGUGCAUCAGAUACAUCUUGUCAACUACCCGUCUUAUGCAGAUCCUGUUCUCAGAAUGGCAAAACAAAUAAUGAAACCAAAACUUGCAGAAAGGAUCCAUCUCCACCCGACGAUAGAAACAAUCACGAAUUUCAUACCAUAUAGGUUGCUUCCAGAAGAAUUUGGAGGAAAAGAAAGAAGCUUAGUAGAGUUGCAUGAGUUAUGGAAACAAAAAUUGGAAGAUUAUAAGGAGAGAUUCGAUGUCCUGAGCAAGUUGAGGGUGGACGAGAGUAAAAGGCCAUCACCUCUCAUCAAUGACGAAAUAUUAGGGUUCUAUGGAAAUUUCAAGAAACUGGAUGUAGAUUGAACAAUGAAUGAGGAUAAAAAUAAUUGAAAAAGACUAUUUGAAUAUCGCCAUAGUUAUGACUGAAGUUGAAAAUAAAUUUUAAAAAUA